UGUUAUUUUUUUGGUUAAUUUGCGCGACGGCGGCGCUGUCAGCGCAUCGGGGAGGGGACGCAGAUUGGCAGAGCUGGAGGAUAGCCUGAUUCCUGAAAUCUGAGUCGCUCGCGGGGGGAUGUAUGAGGCUCAUAUCCCACUCUGGGUGGAUACUUGGGAUUUGUAUCCCCCUCGGGUUGCAUAGAUGGGAUUUAUAGCCCCCUUGGGGUGGAUAGAUGGGAUUUAUGUUCCACUCUAGUUUGAUAUAUGUAAUUUAGAUCUCCCCAGGUGGAUAAAUGGGAUUUAUAUCCCUCUGGAAAUUCUUUUACUAUUUAAAAUUGAUAAUUAAUGAAUGUUUCUAUAUUGAGGCUUUUCUCCUGGAAAAUGAUCCUUGAAAAGAGCCUGCGAGCUGCCAACAUCCCUCAUGCCCAGGCAGGACAAUUCUGGGACAAGCAGUUCCAAAUAUUUACGUGUUGACUCUUUUAACUUUGGAGACACAAAUAACCGGAGACAUUUUGAUAACUUGAUGACAGCACUAAAAAAAAAGAAACAAAACAAAAGCCAACAUGGGAAUCUCGGGUUUGUUCCGGCUUUGUGUAAACUCUGUGGAGAAAAUAUUUCCUGUUUCAGGAUCAAAUAGGGAGAGGUCAGCCAAGGAGUUUGUCUUGUCUUUUAGGAAAGGGUUAAGAUGGAGUCGGAAAGGUUGGAUAUCGUGGGUUCAGGAAUGGAGGAAAAAUGGGAGAAAUAAGGAAAAGGAAGUGAAGGAUUAUUAAUUUUUGUUCCAGGUCCAUGGGAUGUUGAUGGAAACAGUUCAUGUUCUCCACACUGGAGCUUGCAGGGCUGACCUAAGCGGAAUCCGAGGAAACAGGAAAGGACUGAAGCCUUGCACAGUUCUCCAUGCUCGCACCGUCCCUCCACCAAAAACUUCAGGCACGAAGCCUCGGCAGUUCCGGAGCAGAGACAGCGCCUCGUGGAGAGGAUGUUAUUGUCGACACCUGACGACGUCCACCGUGUCUGGAACGAGGGAAACAGGGCGUUUUUCUGGCUGCUGUCGCUGCUCGCCGCCUCGCUGCUCUGGUUCGUGUCGGCGCGGCUCAGCGGGCGGGAGGACGCGGCGCUGCUGCCGCUCGGAGCCGCCGCUGCCGUGCUGCUGCAGGAGCUCUGCAGGUUCGCCUGCUUCAAAAUACUCAACCUUCCUCACCAUGGCCCUGGUACUGCUCCACACCUUUUGGGGCAUCAUCUUCUUCGAUGCCUGUGAGCGGCGCCGCACUGGAAGCCUGGGGCUGGUGGUGGGCAGCCACCUGCUCACCUCGGGGCUGACCUUCCUGAACCCUUGGUACGAGGCCAGCUUGGGCCCCAUCUUCAUCCUCACGUUCUGCACCGGCCUCUGGGCCUUUGGCACCGCUGGCGGCUCCUUCCACAAUGUCCUCAAGUGCCUCUCCUGUAAGCAGGAGCCUGAGGGCCAGGUCAUGCUCUACUCAGCGCUGCAGGUGCCUCCUGAGGAGUGAGGGAGCCACGGCCCCGCAGCCGGACGCUCCUGCCAAUGCCUUUGCUCCUCCUGCUCCGGGGGAAUUUGUGUCUGACCGCUGUUCCUGGGGGGCCUUUGGGGUCUGACCCAUACUCCUGAGAGAGUUUGGAGUUCUGCUCCUGGGGAAUUCAGGGUCUGACCAGUUCUCCCAGGGGGAUUUGGGGUCUGACCACUGCUCCUUCCCCUUUGUUCCCAGAUUGUGUUAACACCUUCCCCUCAGUUUGAGGCUCUGGGGAAGGCCAGGGUGGGACAGAUGCCCUGGGGGAACUCAGGGCAGCACCCUCCCCGAAUCCCUCGUGUUUGUCAUCCUUGGGGGAUCCCUGCACCAGGACUGGGAUGCUCUGCCCUUCUCACCCCUUCAGCACCCAGAGGGUUGGAGGUGCAGCUGGGGUAUUUUUUUAUUUUAUUUUAUUUUAUUAAGAGUAAAACCCUUUUACAAGAA